UCUGCACGCACCUCGUAGGUUACUCUCGCGCUCUAUUAUCCCCCACAGGCCACAACCAAUCCACAACUCACCAAUUAAUCAUGGAGGCGACGGCGCUGAGCGUCGGCAAGUCGGUGCUAAAUGGGGCGCUUAGCUACGCCAAAUCGGCGGUGGCCGAGGAGUUGGCUCUGCAGCUGGGCGUUGGACGCGACCAGGCCUUCAUCACGGGGGAGCUGGAGAUGAUGCAGUCUUUUCUCAUGUCGGCGCACGACGAGGGAGACGGCAACAACAUGGUGGUGAAGACCUGGGUGAAGCAGGUCCGCGACGUGGCCUACAUCGUCGAGGACUGUCUCCAGGAUUUCGCCGUCCGUGUCAACAGGCAACCAUGGUGGCGCACGCUGAUCCACCGGCACAAUGUGGCAAAUCAGAUGAAAGAGCUCAGGGCCAAAGUGGACGAUGUCAGCCAGAGGAACAUACGCUACCAGCUCAUCAAGGGCUCGUCAGCUGCUUCAACUUCCUCCUCCAACUCCAAGCGACCAGCAGCUGGCAAAUCUGGAUCAACGUUAAUGUUUGGCAUCCAUGGCGCCUCCAAGCAGCACAACCAAUCAAACGUGGAUCUUACCCAGUUGCUCAUGGUCAGCUGCAAUAAUGAUGAUCUUGGGCUUGGGGUGAUCGCCGUGUGGGGAACAAGUGCUGAUCUCGGGCAGAUGUCCAUCAUCAGGGCGGUCUACGAGAAUCCAGAUGUCACAACAAAAUUCACAUGUCGAGCUUGGGUCAGGCUGACACAUCCUUUUAAUCCAAAGGACUUCAUCCAGAGCUUAGUGGAGCAGUUUCAUCAUACUACAACAGCUGCUGUUAUGUUGGAAAUGGACCAGAAGACGCCGCAGCAGCUGGCUCAGGAGUUUAAUGGGUAUGUGAACAAGAAAAGGUAUCUGAUUGUGAUCAAUGACCUAUCCACCAUCGAGGAGUGGGAUCGGGUCAAAAGGUGCUUCCCAAACAACAACAUGGGGUGUAGAAUCAUAGUGUCCACACCGCAAGCUGAAGUUGCGACCUUAUGUGCAGGGCAAGAAUACAAUGUAUCAAAGCUCAAGCAAUUGUCAGCUCAUCAGUAUAUCUAUGCUUUCCACAACAUGCGCUCUGAGCAUGAAACAUUAGACUUAAUUGGGACAAGUUCAUGCUCAAACGAAGACAUUAUGAAUAAUACUGACAACUCAACAGUGCCAAAUUCUGAGAUAAUUGAGGAUACAUCUACAGAAGCUGCUGAUGGAAAGAGCCUCACAUGGAACAGGAAGAUGGAAUCUCAUAUUGUUGGACGAGCUCAAGAAAAAAAAGAUAUUAUUGAACUAAUAUCUCAUCCAACUAGAGAAAGUUUUGAGGUGAUAUCCAUUUGGGGAAUGGGUGGUCUUGGGAAAACCACUAUAGUGAAGGACAUCUAUCAAAGCCAAGAACUCAUUGGCACGUUUGAGAAGCGUGCUUGUGCCACAAUUUUGCGUCCUUUCAGUCUUUUAGAGCUUCUCAGGAGCUUAUUUAUGCAACUUGACACGGAAACUUCUGAAAAGAAGGCUGAUGUGGGUUUGCCUGCAAGCAAAACGGAGAGAUUAACAUCCUCGAAACAGGCUCUCGCCCCUGCAAGCAAAAAGGAGAGAUUAACAUCCUCGAAACAGGCUCUCGCCCCUGCAAGCAAAAAGGAGAGAUUACCAUCAGUGAAAGAGAGAUUACUAUCAAUGACAGUUGAUGACUUGAUCAAUGAGUUAGCAAUAUUGGUAGACAAAAAAAGAUGCCUUAUUGUUCUUGAUGAUGUAUCAUCUACUGCAGAAUGGGAUCGGCUACAACCAGUAAUUUUCCAGAAGAUGGGAAAUACAAGCCGAAUCAUAGUCACUACAAGGUUGAAGAGUAUUGCUCUACAUUGUUCAGAGAAGAAACAAGAAAAUAUAUACAAGCUUGAAGAUCUAGCGUACGAGUAUGCGCGUGAGCUCUUCACUAAAAAGGUAUUUAGGAAGAUAAUAGAUUUGGAUAAGCAUUAUCCAGAGCUAGUCGAACCAGCCGAAUUGAUCCUGAGGAAGUGUGGCCGACUACCCCUUGCAAUAGUCACCGUAGGUGGCUUUUUAGCAAACCAACCAAAGACUUCUCUGGAAUGGAGGAAAUUUUAUGAUCAUAUCAGUGCGGAGAUGGAGAUGAAUCCUGAGCUUACAACCAUAAGAAGUGUUCUUAUGAAAAGCUAUGAUGGUCUACCCUUCCACCUCAAGUCCUGUUUCUUGUACACAUCCAUAUUUUCUGAAGACCGUAAGCUUGAGCGGAGACGCUUGGUGCUUCGGUGGACUGCAGAGGGGUACUCAAGGGAGGUGCGUGAUAAGUCGGCGGAGGAAAUAUCAGAUAGCUACUUCCUGGAACUUAUAAGCAGGAGCAUGAUACUGCCAUCUCAAAAAUCAUUCCAUAGCAUAAAAGGAAUAGAUUCCUGCCAAGUCCAUGAUCUCAUUCGUGAGAUCAGCAUCUCAAAGUCUAUGGAAGAAAACCUUGUUUUGAGACUAGAGAAAGGUUGUAAGCUGAAUAGCCAGCAGGGUAAUGCACGCCAUCUUGCUAUAAAUGGCAAUUGGGAAGGAGAGCAGAGUGAUUUUGAGAGGAUGGUGGACAUGCCCCGUGUACGGUCAGUAACUGUUUUGGGGAAGUGGAGGCCAUUCUUCAUGUCGGUGAAGAUGAGGAUGCUACGAGUUCUGGACUUGGAAGACACGACAGGUCUCGUCGAUCAUCACAUUAAGCAUAUUGGGAAGCUUCUUCACCUAAUAUACCUAUCUCUGAGAGGAUGUGAAGAUAUUUAUCACCUGCCAGAUUCAAUCGGCAACCUGAUGCAACUGCAAACACUUGAUAUCAGAGGUACCUCCAUACUGAUACUGCCGAGAAGCAUCGUCAAGCUUCGGAAGCUGCAAUAUCUUCGUUGCAGUAAUAAUAACAAGCUUAAAUGGCGUGUUGGACCGAUAGACUACUAUGAUUCACAUCCUUAUUUGAAGACAUGCAUGGUUUUUUGUACUGGAUGUUGCAUACCUCGGGAAGUAAUACAAACUGAUGGCUUCAACCAGCGUGAUGUAUGCACCUUCACAUGUUGCGCGGCAAUCCCUUUUCUGAUGAAGGGGUAUGGCAAUGGUGUUGGCGUGAGGGUGCCAAGAGGGAUUAGGAGAAUGAAGGCCCUGCAUACAUUACAGGGUGUAGACCUGGUCGCGUCCAGAGGCAUUGCUUUUCUGCGGAACAUCAAAGGACUCAUGGGGCUACGUAAGCUAGGAGUGGUCCGCCUACAAGCUAGGAAUGCUUCAGAGUUUUGUGCUGUCGUUUCCAGUCUCAACCUUCUAGAGUCAUUGUCAGUGACUCCAGAGGGUGGACACGAUUUGCGUCUGGAUGGCAUUUCCUCGCCUCCAAGUAACCUCCGGAACCUCAAGCUGAACAUGGCAACUUUCCCCAUUCAAAGCAUGGCCAAAUUGCCGGAAUGGGUCAAGAAGCUUGAGAACCUUGUCAAGCUGAGGAUCGAGUUCGCAACAUCUGGCCAAGAGGAGCAGGAUGCUGCUAUAGGAGCCCUGGGGAAUCUACUGAACCUAGCCGUCUUGCGUCUCAAUGUGGUUAGUUUCCGUGGUGAAGAACUACAUUUCGUGGCGGAGGCAUUCCGGAGCCUCGUCGUGCUGGAGCUUUCACGGACAACUAAAAUGAGGUUGGUUGAGUUUGAGCAGGGAGCAAUGCCCAAACUCCAGCAGCUUCUCCUCCAGUAUCUGAAUACCGAGACUAGGUUUCUUGGACUGGACUCUCUCGGAAGCAUCAAGGAAGUAGGGAUCACCGAGCACCUUAUCACCGAGGAGUUGCGGGCCCAGGUCGCUUUGAAUAGAAACAAGCCCAUCCUAAAUACAGUCCCACCAGGUCGCUUUGAAUAGAAACAAGUCCAUCCUGAAUAAAUUAUAAGCUCUCUCUCUCUUCAUGGCAGGGCAGGCAUCUGUUGUAAACAUAUUUGUAUUAUUAUUUUUUCUGUAUCUUAAUUUGGUCGAUACAAUAUGCGUACCUGUAUAUUGUCAUGGGUAGGGUAAUACUAAUACAUGCAUCCUUCUUAAUUCUCU